CCCAGUUUCGAUUAUGGGGACAUGCCCUCCCCGCUUGGAGAAUCAGAGAGAACUAUCACUGUUCUAUUGAGGCCGGCACAAGGCAGAGGUGCACCAAUAAGCGCAUACCAAGUUAUUGUGGAAGAAGACAGACCCAAGAAGAUCAAGCGAGAGGUGGGUGGCCAAGAGUGCUUUCCAGUGCCACUCACCUUCUCUGAAGCCCUGUCUCGUGGCUCAGUUCACUACACUGGAGCUGAGAUUCCACCCAGCAGCCUUCCAGAAGCCAAACCCUUCACUGUAGGGGACAACCAAACAUACAGUGGUUACUGGAAUCCACCUCUGGAGCCCAAGAAGUCCUAUCUCAUCUAUUUCCAAGCAAUGAGCAAUCUCAAAGGGGAAACAAGGCUGAAUUGUAUCCGAAUAGCCCGUAAAGCUGCUUGCAAAGAGACUAAGCGUCCACUGGAAGUGUCCCAGCACUCUGAGGAAAUGGGUCUCAUCCUGGGCAUUUGUGCUGGAGGUCUCGUGGUACUGAUCAUCCUGUUAGGGGCAAUUAUUGUUGUCAUUCGAAAAGGGAAACCAGUGAACAAGGCCAAAGCUACGACCAACUAUCGCAAUGAGAAGACACACAUGAUGAGUGCAAUUGAUAGGAGCUUCACAGAUCAGAGUACUCUGCAAGAAGAUGAACGGCUGGGUUUGUCCUUCAUGGAUGCACACAACUACAGCAACAAAGGUGACCAGCGUAGUAGUAUCAUCAAUGAGUCAAGCAGCUUGUUAGGGGGCUCCCCUCGAAGGCAGUGUGGGCGCAAAGGUUCUCCCUAUCACACUGGGCAACUUCAUCCUGCUGUCCGAGUAGCUGAUCUCCUCCAGCACAUAAACCAGAUGAAGACUGCAGAAGGCUAUGGCUUCAAACAGGAAUAUGAGAGUUUCUUUGAUGGCUGGGAUGCUUCAAAGAAGAAAGACAAGACCAAGGGGAGGCAGGAUCACAUCCCUACCUAUGAUCGACAUCGAGUUAAACUGCAUCCACUUCUUGGUGAUCCAAACUCAGACUAUAUCAAUGCCAACUAUAUUGAUAUUCGGAUAAACCGAGAAGGUUACCACAGAUCUAACCACUUCAUAGCAACCCAAGGACCCAAACAGGAGAUGAUUUAUGAUUUCUGGAGGAUGGUGUGGCAGGAACACUGUUGCAGCAUUGUGAUGAUAACAAAACUGGUGGAAGUGGGGAGGGUGAAGUGUUCCAAAUACUGGCCAGAUGACUCAGAGAUGUAUGGAGACAUUAAAAUUACCCAGGUGAAGUCAGAAACCCUGGCAGAAUAUGUCGUAAGGACAUUCACUAUGGAGCGGAGGGGCUACUCAGCAAGGCAUGAGGUAAAGCAGUUUCACUUCACAUCAUGGCCUGAACAUGGGGUGCCAUACCAUGCAACGGGGCUACUGGCAUUCAUUCGCAGGGUGAAGGCUUCUACGCCUCCAGAUGCAGGACCCAUUGUUAUUCACUGCAGUGCUGGGACUGGGAGGACAGGUUGCUACAUUGUUCUAGAUGUGAUGCUGGAUAUGGCAGAAUGUGAAGGUGUUGUGGAUAUUUACAACUGUGUGAAGACGUUGUGCUCACGGAGAAUCAACAUGAUUCAGACUGAGGAGCAAUAUGUCUUCAUCCAUGAUGCCAUCUUGGAAGCCUGCCUAUGUGGAGAAACCAGCAUCCCUGUCAGUGAAUUCAGAUCUGCAUUUAAAGAGAUGGUCAGGAUAGAUCCACAGAGUAACUCAUCACAGCUACGGGAAGAGUUCCAGCAGACUUUGAAUUCUGUAACACCCCACCUAGAUGUGGAGGAGUGCAGCAUUGCCCUUUUACCACGCAAUCGGGAAAAGAAUCGCAGUAUGGAUGUGCUGCCUCCUGAUUGGUGCCUCCCCUUUUUGAUCUCCAUGGAUGGAGAUAGCAACAACUACAUCAAUGCAGCCUUAACUGAUAGCUAUACAAAGAGUGCUGCCUUCAUUGUGACCUUACAUCCCCUUCAGAACACCACCACAGACUUCUGGAGGCUGGUAUAUGACUAUGGUUGCACCUGCAUCAUCAUGCUCAACCAGCUCAAUCAAUCCAAUUCUGCCUGGCCUUGUCUACAGUAUUGGCCUGAGCCAGGACUGCAGCAGUAUGGGCCAGUGGAAGUGGAAUACAUCUCUAGAACAGCUGAUGAAGAUGUUAUUACGCGUCUUUUCCGGGUGCAAAAUAUAACACGGUUACAGGAGGGACACCUGAUGGUCCGACAUUUCCAGUAUUUGCGGUGGUCUGCAUACAGAGAUACUCCUGAUUCUAAGAAGUCAUUUCUACAUUUAUUAACUCAAGUGGGAAAGUGGCAGGGGGAGAAUGGUGACGGAAGGACAAUUGUGCAUUGUUUGAAUGGGGGUGGCCGGAGUGGCACUUUCUGUGCCUGCACCAUGAUCCUAGAGAUGAUCAAGUUUCACAAACUGGUGGAUGUUUUCUUUGCGGCAAAGACCCUGCGAAACUACAAGCCAAAUAUGGUUGAGACUUUUGAACAGUACCACUUCUGCUAUGAGAUAGCCCUAGAAUAUCUGGAGUCCUUGGAGACAAGAUAGCACUUUACGAAGAACACACAAAGCCAUGCAUUUGUUUCAAGGUUUGGGCUCAAUAUGCAUUUUGACCCCAGAUGUUUGCAUGAGAGCAAGAGGGAGGAGAAAAACAAAACAAAGAAAAGGAAAAGAAUGAAAAAUUCAGAAGCAAGACAUGGGGCAUGUCAACCAUUUCUUCCCUUCAUCCUUCCUCCUAACCUUCUUUCCUGCCUCUGUAGAGGCUGGCAGACCAAAGCCUACACAAACUCAUCCUAUGUACACAUCUUUGUGUAUGUGCCAGCUGGGAGUUUGGUAACUGUGUGUUACUGUAUAUGUAUGGGACCUGGUGUGCAGAUCCCAUACAUCAAACUGGAUCUCCUUGUGAUCAUACCAUUCACAGCCUGAAAUGGACUGCAGAGAACAUGAGGAGCAGCAAAGGCUAAAAUCUUGUAAAAUGGCAACACGACCUUGAAAAAAGCACUGGGAUCUUAUGUUUAAAAAGUGAAGAAGUUUUAUGAAGAGUGAUGCUCUAAGAUCUUCACAGUCACUUUUAUUUGGGAAACGACAUGAACUAGAAGUACUAAAUGGUUCUUGUACAGUUUUUGCUUUCUGUUUAUAUCCCUAGGUCUCUUGUUUCUAGACUUGACGCCUGCUUCCAAAGAGUUAUUGAAUUUUUACCUGUCCAACAGUUGGCAGGAACCAUGGCUCUCCCUAUCACCAACAAUGAUUCAAUUCUGGUGGACAUUUAAUAAAUGGAAAGCAUACAGGCUGCUUGCUCAAACUGAUCUGUUACAGACCAGGUUUUCCUAGUAACCACUACGUCUUUCUGUACAUAUUAUCCACUCUAAACUUCAGAUGUUGAGAAAGAGAUCGCUUCAAGGCCUUUUGGCUAAGAUCAAGUGUGUGUGAGAAAGUGACUUACCAUAUUUUUCAGAGGGUAGGUUUCAUUCCUCCAGUCCUUUUAAGUCACUUUCUAGGUGGUUGUCCAACCCUGAAGCAUCCUAAAUGUCACACCAGUCUUCAAAAUCUCUGACUCACACUCAUACACACACACAGUGUUUGGGGCCAUCAUCAGAUUGCAGUUAAACAGAAUUCUCCCCCCCCCCCCUCAUUGGAUUGGCUCAUAUUGUAACAAGUUAAAUAUAUCUAGAGAUGUUCUUUUUAAGUCUCAGGGUGCUUGCUGGCCCUGCUUUUUAUUGCUUGAUUUCAGCACUUAGGGCUAAUAUGGUUGGAGGUCAUUUUGCCUUGGAACAGAUGAGCUUGGCUUAUGAGUGUUCUGGAAGUAAUAGUUCUACAUUUCCUUUGUGCAGUUUGGCUCCUUGCGGUGAGUCAGAACUUAAGAGGAGAGAAUUGUGAUGAGUUAGAGAGCCAGUGUGAUGUAGUGGACUAUGAAUCCCUGCUUGGCCAUAGCAAAACACUGGUGACCUUGGGCAAGUGACACUCUCUCAGCCUCAGAAAAAGGAAAGGCAAACCCCCUCUGAGCGAAUCUUGGCAAGAAACUGCAUGAUUAGGUUCACCUUAGGGUUGCCAUAGGUCCUAUACAAUGAAGAACAGUGCCAGUGGUUCAUUUUAAAGAUGUAGGAAAUGAACCAUUCGGAUCACUUGCACAGAAAAUGAGAUAACAAAAUGAAAUUUGUUGCCUCUUCUGAUAUACUUGUUCCUUUCUUUCUAUCUUGUGUUUGUCAGAUGCAUAGAUGAAAAUAACAUUCCUCAAUUCUACCUGUUCUGUCAUGUUGCUGCAAGCUUUUAUUCUCUUUAUGGACACUUGGUAAUAUGAGUAGAUGCAAUGGGCUCCUAUUGAAGAAACACGUUUUGUAUGAAAAUGCUAAACCAUUCAAUAAAGUCAGAUAGUUCAUACAACAACUCUCCUUUGAAGGAAUUUAUACUAAAAUUAACAUCUAAAGAAGCAGAGUGUCUUGUAAAUGGCAUCUGCCACAUUCUGUCAAUGACUUUGAUGGCCUAUAUAAUGCUAACUUGCAGUACAUGGGGGUUUUUUUGCAAAGGAAAUCAACCAAGGAAUAGCUGCACCUUG